AUGAUUAUUUAUUCUUUAUUCUCUUCUCCUUUCCGUAAUAUCUGUAAAAUCUUGCCCCCCUUUCUCCAGUUUCUCUUUAUUUUUCUCUCUAUUCUCUUAACUUGUCUCGUCUCCCCUAUUUUUAUUCCUAUAUAUUCUCUUCUUCUCUCGGCUCGUCUCGCCUCUUCCUAUUCCUCCCUAUUCUACUCACCUCUCGUCUCGACUCAACUCUUUCUUUUCCUCUCUUCUUCUCUCGUUUAUUUUCUUUCAUUUCCUCCGUAUUCUCUUCUUUCGUCUCGUCUCUUUCUUUUCCUCUCUAUUCUCGUCCUUUCUCGUCCCCUCUCGCAUUUUUCUUUUCCUCCCUAUUCUCCGUCUCUCAUCUUUUUUUCCUCUCUAUUCUUUUUUAGUCAUGUCUCGCCUCUUACUUUUCCUCCUUAUUCUCGUCUUCUCUCGUCCCCCCUCGCCUCUUACCUUUCCUCACUAUUCUUCUCUCGGCUCGUCUCGCCCGUUUCUUUCUCAUCUCGCCUGUUUCUUUUCCACCCUAUUCUCGUCUUUUCUCGUCUCACCUCAUUUUUCCUCUCUAUUCUCGUCUUCUCUCUUCCCCUCUCGCCUCUUACUUUUCCUCACUAUUCUUCUCUCGUCUCGUCUCGCCCGUUUCUUUCUCAUCUCGCCUGUUUCUUUUCCUCCCUAUUCUCGUCUUUUCUAGUCUCACCUCAUUUUUCCUCUCUAUUCUCGUCUUCUCUCGUCCCCUCUCGCCUCUUUCUUUUCCUCCCUAUUCUCCGUAUUAUCUCCUCUCGUUUCGUCUCACCUCUUUCUUUUCCUUUCUAUUCUUUUCUUUUCAUGACUCGCCUCUUUCUUUUCCUCUCUAUUCUCGUCUUUCCUCGUCUAGCCUCACCGCUUUCCUUCCCCCUCUAUUUUCGUCUUCUCUCCUCUCCUCUCGCCUCUUUCUCUUCCACUAUAUUCUCUUCUCUCAUCGUGUUUCUCCUCUUUUCCUCAGUAUUCUAUUCUUCUCUCGUCUCGUCUCUUUCUUUUCCUCUCUAUUCUCGCCUUUCCUCGUCUAGCCUCACUUGUUUCUUUCCCCUCUAUUUUCGUCUUCUCUCCUUCCCUCUCGCCUCUUUCGCUUCCACUCUAUUCUCUUCUCUCGUCAUGUCUCGCCUCUUACUUUUCUCCACUAUUCUAUUUUUCUGUCGUCUCGUCUCGCCUCUUACUUUUCUCCACUAUUCUAUUUUUCUGUCGUCUCGUCUCGCCUCUUUCUUUUCUCGUUCGCCUCUUUCUUUUCCUCUCUAUUCUCGUCUUCUCUCGUUCCCUCUCACCUCUUUCUUUUCCCCUCUAUUCUCGUUUUCUCUCGUCCAUUCUCGCCUAUUUCUUUUCCUCCCAAUUCUCGUAUUUUCUCGUUCUCGUCUCACGUCUUUCUUUUCCUCUCUAUUCACUUCUUUUCUUUCUUUCUUUCUUUCUUUCUUUCUUUCUUUCUUUCUUUCUUUCUCUUCUUCUCUUUCUCUAAUUUUCCUCUCAAGUCGGUUCCUUCUAUUUUCUCACGCUAACAUCUUUUUUUUUUAUUCUAAUUCUUUAUUUCAUCCUUUCGUUCUUCUUUUUCUACCAUUUUUUCUUUCUUGUCUUCUUCUCCAUAUUCAGCGGCCUUUUUCAUUUUUCUUUGCUUUCUCUUAUAUUCUGUUUUGUUUCUUCUUCCUCUAUUCUCUCCUCCUCCGCCUCCAGUUUUACACAUUCUCGCUCAUCAUCCUCCACCACCACCACCACCAGAUUCUUCUUCUUCUUCUUCUUCUUCUUCUUCUUCUUCUUCUUCUUCUACGGCUAUUAACGAUUUGA